AUGGCCUCCGGCGACAACAGUCCUCUCCCGUCGGAAAAGUCCAUUCUUCAACGCAUAGAGGACUGGGGUACAUCGUCCCUGCCGCCCUCCCUGCUCGCCACCCUCGUCACGGCGCUGCACGCCCGGCCGCUGCAGCCCGUCCCGCUCUUCCUCUUCACCCCGACGCUCCUCUUCUCCUCGUACCUCAACCUAUCGGGCUUCACCACGGCUAGCGCGGGCCUGACGGCUGCCUGGUCCGGCCUCUACGCGCUGCUCGCGCUGCGCCGCCCGCAGGGGCUGCGCGCCAAGUUUUCCGCGCGGGGACUGGUCCGCGGUUCGGCUGUUGGCCUCGGCGCCGCCAAUGCCGUCGCCGGCGGCUGGGUGUACAUGAAGGGCGACUUUCGAAAGGACGACGACCGCCGACGCGAGCGGAAACGCUGGAACGGCGACUAA